ACAGUUGAGAGAAUAUUAUGGUUUACUAAAAAGAAUAAUGAUGAACCUGUAGAUCUGACAACAAUGUCAGAGUAUUCAGGUCGUGUGCAGUAUAACAGUAAAAACAAGGACUGCACUCUGAGAAUCUCAGACCUGAGAGAGAGAGACUCAGCUGUGUACAAGUUCAGGUUCAUAACAAACCAUUUAACAGGGAAAUAUACUGGUUCACCUGGAGUCACUCUGUCUGUUACAGGUCUCCAGGUGCAGGUGAACAGAUUAGAGGUCCAUGAUUCCUCUAACUUGGCAGAUCUGAAGUGUCAGAGCAGUUGUCCUCUACCUGGUCAUCCUUCCUACAUCUGGUACAAGAAUGGACAGAACAUUCAGGGACAAACAUCUGAUUCUUAUUCAGCCUCCUUGGAUCCUACAGACAGCUUUUCCUGUGCUGUAAGAGGACAUGAGAAGUCCCGCUCUCCUUCAGUGUUGAUACAGGGUCAGGAUGGCUUGGGAGUGACUUACCCCUCUACUCAGAUCUGUGCUGUUAAAGGAUCAACAGUGGAAAUACCCUGCAGCUACACAUACCCAUCAGCUGUAGGUGGCGUUGAUACUACAGUUGAGAGAACAUUCUGGUUUACUAAAAAGAAUAAUCAUAAACCUGUAGAUCUGACAACAGACUCAGAGUAUUCAGGUCGUGUGCAGUAUCACUCUGAAAACAAGGACUGCACUCUGAGAAUCUCAGACCUGAGAGAGAGAGACUCAGCUGUGUACUAUUUCAGGUUCACAACUAACCAUGGUGGGAACUAUGUUGGUUAUCCUGGAAUCACUUUGUCUGUCACAGUCACAUAUUCAGGUCUCCAGGUGCAGGUGAGCAGAUUAGAGGUCUACGAGUCCUCUAAAUGGGCAGAUCUGAAGUGUCAGAGCAGUUGUCCUCUACCUGGUCAUCCUUCCUACAUCUGGUACAAGAAUGGACAGAACAUUCAGGGACAAACAUCUGAUUCUUAUUCAGCCUCCUUUGAUCCUGCAGACAGCUUUUCCUGUGCUGUAAGAGGACAUGAGGACUUCCCCUCUCCUUCAGUGUUGAUACAGGGUCAGAAUGGCUUGGGAGUGACUUACACCUCUACUCAGAUCUGUGCUGUUAAAGGAUCAACAGUGAACAUACCCUGCAGCUACACAUACCCAUCAGCUGUAGGUGGUGUUGCUACUACAGUUGAGCAGAGAUUCUGGUUUAUUCAACAGUUUGUGGAUCUGACAACAAACUCAGAGUAUUCAGGUCGUGUGCAGUAUCACUCUGAAAACAAGGACUGCACUCUGACAAUCUCAGACCUGAGAGAGAGAGACUCAGCUGUGUACUAUUUCAGGUUCACAACAAACCAAGGUGGGAACUAUGUUGGUUAUCAUGGAGUCACUUUGUCUGUCACAGGUCUCCAGGUGCAGGUGAGGAGAUUAGAGGUCUACGAGUUCUCUAUCUUGGCAGAGCUGAAGUGUCAGAGCAGUUGUCCUCUAACUGGUCAUCCUUCCUACAUCUGGUACAAGAAUGGACAGAACAUUCAGGGACAAACAUCUGAUUCUUAUUCAGCCUCCUUGGAUCCUGCAGACAGCUUUUCCUGUGCUGUAAGAGGACAUGAGGACUCCCCCUCUCCUUCAGUGUUGAUACAGGGUCAGUAUGGCUUGGGAGUGACUUACACCUCUACUCAGAUCUGUGCUGUUAAAGGAUCAACAGUGAACAUACCCUGCAGCUACACAUACCCAUCAGCUGUAGGUGGCGUUGAUACUACAGUUGAGCAGAGAGUCUGGUUAAGUCAACAGUUUGUGGAUCUGACAACAGUCUCAGAGUAUUCAGGUCGUGUGCAGUAUCACUCUGAAAACAACGACUGCACUCUGAGAAUCUCAGACCUGAGAGAGAGAGACUCAGCUGUGUACAAGUUCAGGUUCACAACAAACCAAGGUGGGAAAUAUACUGGUUCACCUGGAGUCACUCUCUAUGUCACAGUUCUCCAGGUGCAGGUCAGCAGAUUCUACACGUCUUGGGCAGAGCUGAAUUGUCAGGGCAGAUGUCCCACUGGUCAUCCUUCCUACAUCUGGUACAAAAAUGGACAGAACAUUGAGGGACAAACAUCUAAUUCUUAUUCAGCCUCCUUGGAUCCUGCAGACAGCUUUUCCUGUGCUGUAAGAGGACAUGAGGACUCCCCCUCUCCUUCAGUGGUGAUACAGGGUCAGAAUGGAUUGGGAGUGACUUACACCUCUACUCAGAUCUGUGCUGUUAAAGGAUCAACAGUGAACAUACCCUGCAGCUACACAUACCCAUCAGCUGUAGGUGGCGUUGAUAAUACAGUUGAGAGAAUAUUAUGGUUUACUAAAAAGAAUAAUGAUGAACCUGUAGAUCUGACAACAAUGUCAGAGUAUUCAGGUCGUGUGCAGUAUAACAGUAAAAACAAGGACUGCACUCUGAGAAUCUCAGACCUGAGAGAGAGAGACUCAGCUGUGUACAAGUUCAGGUUCAUAACAAACCAUUUAACAGGGAAAUAUACUGGUUCACCUGGAGUCACUCUGUCUGUUACAGGUCUCCAGGUGCAGGUGAACAGAUUAGAGGUCCAUGAUUCCUCUAACUUGGCAGAUCUGAAGUGUCAGAGCAGUUGUCCUCUACCUGGUCAUCCUUCCUACAUCUGGUACAAGAAUGGACAGAACAUUCAGGGACAAACAUCUGAUUCUUAUUCAGCCUCCUUGGAUCCUACAGACAGCUUUUCCUGUGCUGUAAGAGGACAUGAGAAGUCCCGCUCUCCUUCAGUGUUGAUAAAGGGUCAGAAUGGCUUGGGAGUGACUUACACCUCUACUCAGAUCUGUGCUGUUAAAGGAUCAACAGUGAACAUACCCUGCAGCUACACAUACCCAUCAGCUGUAGGUGGCGUUGCUACUACAGUUGAGCAGAGCGUCUGGUUAAGUCAACAGUUUGUGGAUCUGACAACAGUCUCAGAGUAUUCAGGUCGUGUGCAGUAUCACUCUGAAAACAAGGACUGCACUCUGACAAUCUCAGACCUGAGAGAGAGAGACUCAGCUGUGUACUAUUUCAGGUUCAUAACAAACCAAGGUGGGAACUAUGUUGGUUAUCCUGGAGUCACUUUGUCUGUCACAGGUCUCCAGGUGCAGGUGAGCAAGUCUUCUAACCAGACAAAGCUGAAAUGUCAGAGCAGUUGUCCUCUACCUGGUCAUCCUUCCUACAUCUGGUACAAGAAUGGACAGAACAUUCAGGGACAAACAGCUGAUUCUUAUUCAGCCUACUUGGAUCCUGCAGACCGCUAUUCCUGUGCUGUAAGAGGACAUGAGGACUUCCCCUCUCCUUCAGUGUAUGGUCCAAAGCUUCCCUCUGUGUCAGUGAGUCCCUCUGCUGAGAUAGUGGAGGGCAGUUCAGUGAAUCUGACAUGUAGCAGUGAUGCUAACCCAGCAGCUAACUACACCUGGUACAAGGAGAAUGAAGACUCACCAAAAGCAUCAGGACAGAUCUUCACCAUCACUGACUUCAGAGCUGAACACAGUGGGAAUUAUUACUGUGUAGCCCAGAACAGAAUAGGACGUCAGAACUCCACCUUACAUCUGAUUGUUGUAGCAGGAACAAGGCCGUUAAGAGCUGCUGGACCAAUCAGUGUUGUUCUCCUGGCUGUCCUAUCCCUCUCUGUCUUCCUGUGGAUCAGAAAGAGGAGGGCUUCCAGGGACUCGUCUGGACCAGACAACAGGGAACAGUGUGUACCUGAUCCGAGUGAGCCAGAGGAGCAGGUUGACCUUCAGUACGCCACCAUCCACGUCUCCAACAGCCAGGCAGAUCCUCUGUACUCCAACAUCAGAGCUGCUCAGCCCCUCAGACACAGGGAGCAACAGGAAGCCGUUGAGUACGCUGCCGUCAGCUUCAACAGUGGCAGUACUGCCCCGAGAACCAGAGGUCGGGACACUGGAGAGGAUCCAGCUGCUUUGUACAGCACAGUCAACUACACCAGAUGAACACAACAGGCAUUGCAUUUAUAGUCUGAUAUUUCUGAUAUCUUUUUUCCCCAAAAAAAAUAU